AUGGGACUGCACAUAUUUUGGCCGGCGGCCACAUGCCUAACUCUUUUUGUAGUUUGCAUUAUAAUGGUUAUGCUGAAGUAUGGAUCGCGUAUCUGUAAAUUACGGCAUUCAACAUUGCCAUCCGACCAGGAAUGGGAAGGGAAAGCUUAUUCCAGACAACUUUCUGUAUCUAUGGCAUAAAAUUAGUAAGUAGAUAUCACCACAUGUUUUCAAACAGCAAUUUUCAUUAUGUAGAAGAACUAAUCAAAACUUGAAUCUCUUAGAGCACAUUUACUCAAUGUCCACACAUGACAAUUUAAACUCCAAAACUUGAUAAAUGCCUUUUGCAUAAUUUGCUUAAAUGCAUAUCAACAA